CGCAAUUCAGUUCGCGAAGCGGCGUAACGUGAAGAGGAACUAGUGUUCCGCCUUCGAUAUCGUUACGUCGCUAUUAAUUUCUCUCUUCGUAUUCCAGUGUCUCAGUCCGUUGUAUUCGUGUGACAACUGAAAAAACUCGAAGGAUAUAGAUCCUCUUCACAAAAGAAGAUCAAAUAUUACAAAUGGAAGAAAAAAACGCACGUUGAAAACAUAUACAAGACGGUGUGAUUUGACCGAAAACGAAGAGGUAGGCUUCCCCAAACGCCGACCUUAUCGAUAGUUCACCAAUCUAAUCGACGUACACGUAGUCCUUUGGAGAACGAAGAAGAGUGUGAGAAACGGACGAUCUGGACAUGCCUACGUUGGUGCAACCAUUGUCUUUGUCGUACGAUGAAGAUGAAACGAACACGUGGGAAGGUUCGGAACGUAAUGAGACGACGCAGGGUCUGCAACUGCAUACGCAGCACGACCAAGAAAUGCAGCAAUUGCAGUUGCAGCAGAGAGAACGGGAACAACUUCUACAGGCGCAGCAGCAUCGUGAAAAGACGCAACACCAGCCACGAGAUCAACAACGCGAACGAGAACGCGAGCAAUUGCAUCAGCUACAAUCGAUCAACAAUUUAUUGCUAGACUUGCCGACGACGUCGAGCUUGUAUCCAAAUUAUUCACAUGAUGCCUCUUACUCGCAAUCUACCAAAAGUCCUAACAUCGAAGGGGAUAUGAGUAUUUCAGAUUUAUUCGGACUGAGUUUACCUCGAGGAUCAUUAAUGGGCAAUCAAUCUGUAGUCGAUUCACCCAAUUAUCGUAAUUAUCAACAUCAUGGACAACAUCGCAAUCAGACGUCCUCUCAUCAACGUUAUCAGUGCGAUGACAACUACGGAUUUUAUUCAAACUCGACUACGGUUGAUGUCCCUGGUUCACCAAAUUCGAUUACUACUUCUGGAAGUCCAAGUACCCCUGGAAGUCUAUACUCUAAUCCAUACACGUUUCCACAAACUGCUAACAGCUUAUAUUCAGGAUCAUCGGCAGCAAGUCGUUCGUCGCUUCAACAUGUAGGUUCUCCUUCGUCACCUGUUCAUUCACCAUAUGGCAGAGCUAUUCGAGGCUCACCACCAUACAGUAGUUGCGGUAGUCCUACUUUAGAAUAUCCUCACACAGCAGGAUGCAAUGUAUCACGAUCUAAUUCACCAGCAGAUUCGGAGACGAGUGGUUGUAAUAGUAUGGAUGGUUCCUUGUCUAACAUAAUGAAUUGUCUGUCAUUAAAUACGUCGUCUCAUAGAUGCUAUCCUCAAUCAUUAAGAUCAUUAAUGUCACCGGAAACAGAUUUGUAUGGAAACAAUAGGACAGCGGCCUUGCAACGUAUGGCGAUAAAAAAAUAUUUAUCACCGUCUCAUCAGAAUUUAUCAUCGUUGCAUCAUCAUCAAACACAUGGUCAAAAUCGGACUCACCAUUGUGGUUCACCGCCAUCUAGUACCUUAUUGAAUUCACUUUUAAAUCAUGAAAAGGGUUGUUGCUCAACAGGGAAUCCGCAUAUGAUGUUAAAUUCUCCUCAUUUUAAUAUCCCUGAUGCACAAAUAUCUUUGGAUCGAGCGGCAAAGUUCCAUCGAAAUGCAGCUGCGCUCUGUGAUCCAACUUGUACUUGGAGCGGUGUAUUGCCUCAACGUACUCAAAAACCAACAGGAUAUUCUUCAAAAGUAUUUCUUGGUGGCCUUCCAUGGGAUAUUACGGAAUCUCUUUUGAUAGCAACAUUCAAACAAUUUGGUCUGAUUCGCGUCGAAUGGCCAAAAAAAGAACAAUCUACUACACAGCCGAAAGGCUACGCGUAUAUUAUUUUUGAUACUGAAAAGCAGGUGCGAUCUUUGUUGGCCUGUUGUACGUAUGAUGUUACCAACGGCGGAAGUUGGUAUUAUAGAAUUUCUUCAAAACGUAUGAAAGGAAAAGAAGUAUGUUACGUUCAAGUCAUUCCGUGGAGUCUUAACGACAGUAAUUACGUUAAAUUACCAUCACAAAAGCUUGACCCGCACAAAACAGUUUUUGUUGGUGCGUUGCAUGGCAUGCUAACUGCUGAAGGUUUAGCGAAAAUUAUGAAUGAUCUGUUUCAUGGCGUUAUUUAUACAGGUAUUGACACUGAUAAAUACAAGUAUCCAAUAGGAUCAGGUCGCGUUACGUUUAGUACGAAGAGUUCGUACAAAAAAGCAGUAUCAGCUGCUUUUAUUGAAAUAAAAACUGCUAAAUUUACAAAAAAGGUACAAGUUGAUCCUUAUCUUGAAGAUUCUAUGUGUUCUGGGUGUUUCGUCCAACAAGGAACUUAUUUUUGCCGGGAAGAAAUAUGUUUCAGGUAUUUUUGCCGUAGAUGCUGGUUAUGGCAACACUCUAUGGAAUCAAUGCGAUACCAUAAGCCUUUAACGCGUAAUUCUAAGAAAAGUCAGGUGAUUGAAUUAUCACCUAAUAUGGGUAUUAAUUCUAGUUCCCGCACUUCCAAUUUUGGUAUUUGAAGGAAUUAUGAAAGUGUAUUCCCCGUGCAGCCACGUUCAGUUCUCUUUUGACUAUUUGUUUUGAUAUGGACGUUGCACUGGUUGACUUAUUGACAAGGUAUAAUGUUAGUUUUUAUUAUAAAAAGCUGUGGGCAGCUGGACCGAUGAUAAAAAGGACGAUAUAUCGGAAAUUCCAGCUUGUCCGCAAAAUUACAACGAUUCAGUUGUUAUCAUUUGUGAAUGUGGUUUCCCGCUACAUUCGGGACAAGCAUUACUUUUAUUUAAUAUGUUUACUUAGGGUCUGUUGCUCUUGUUAAUUAUUUUACUACGAGAAAAGUAAUCGUGUCAAUAAUUCGCCAGAAUGCACUGAGAUUAUACGUAAGGUAUUUGCCUUUUCGUUAAAUUUUCAUAUAAACUGAAUGAUGGCUUUAUGGUGUUAAUAUUGUUUUUUUUUACACGACAAAGUGAAAGUCGUUAAAAUGUAUAGUGAUUAUGGAUAAGCUUAGUUGAAGCUUAGAAUUUCUUCGCGAUACUCCUGUCGUCAUGAUAAUAACUACUUCUUGGCAGAAGAUUUACGCUUAAUUGUUAAUUAUUACUUUAACGAGACUAUACAUUUAGUCCUUUUUUGAUCGGGCGAAUUAACAAUUGUAUUUGUUACUUUUUUUGUAUGGUCUACUUGAUAUAUAGUAUAUUGGUGAAUCGAUUUUCAAGAAAGUAUUAUCAUCCAGUACGCAGGCCGUUCUUCCAAUUCGAACAGUUGCCUAGCAAUAAUACCCACCGUUAGUUUUACUUUAUAUUAUAUAGUGUAGAAAAAGAAUACCGAUUCGUGCCCACUGUAG